GGAGAGGGAGCGAGGGAGCCCCCUAGAGACCAGGGAAAGGGAAAAGCCAGGCCGGCCGCCGGGGUCGGGGGCGGAGAGCCCGAGAGUCUCCAGGUGCGCGCCGUUCUCCACCUUCGGGCCUGGGGUGGGGGCGGGGGGUGCGGGCACGGCGGCGCCAACUCCUACGAAAGUGGGCGAGGGGCGGGAGGGGACUGGGAGGUGAGUCGCCCGGGAGGAAGCCCGAGCUCCUUUUAAAAGUCAUCUCCAAGGGCGGAAUCCUCCCUUCCUAGCAGCCGGGCUGGGGCGGAGGGAGCUCACCCCACCCAGGCCCGCAGCUCCCGAUUCCAGGCCCCGGGACUGCGCUGCAGACCCGCACCCGCUGGCGAACAGGGGCCCCCCAGGUUAGGAGGCGGGCCACUAAGGUCAGAGAACCAGUCAGCAGAAUCAGCGGGAGGACGGCCAGCUGUGGAGAGGUGUCACUGGUUUACUCCUGAAGAACUCUGCCUUCAUCUCCAUCUCCCUAGGAAUGGUGCUUAUUGGUUUCUGGCCAGGCAGCGUUUCUUAAGUUCCUUCUCUGACACACGUGGAGAUCUGGAUUUUUUUCAGUUUUUAUUAUUUGUAUAUGUGUGAUGUUCAUAAUGAUUACAUUCCUUCUGUGGAGCUGGCAUAUGUGCAUAACACAUCUCAAUUCUUUUUUCAUUCCCUUUUUAACUCUUCCCUCCCCUCUUCAUCUCUUGGUCCUCUUUUCACUUGCAAAAGAUUUCCCUAUUUCCUGUUGUCUUUUAUUUUGCUCCUUACGUUUUUGAUUUCUCAUGUAAGUGAAACCAUGUGAUUCUCAAGCUUGUGUGUUUCACUUAAUAUUAUGGUAUCAAGGUACACCUGUGUACCUAAAAAUGUCUCUAUGAUUUUGUUUUUUCCUACUUUAUGGUAGACCAGUAGUAAAUACCACAUUUUAUUUACCCAUUAAUCCAUUGCUAUAGAAUGCUUCCAAACUUUAGUUAUGAAUUGUGCUACUGUAAACAUGGCAUGUAUGUAUCUCUGUAAUAUAAUGUCUUUAACUUUUGGGAAAAUACCUAGAAAAAUAAAUAGCUGAGUCAAGUGGAAUUUCUUGUUUUAGGUUUUGAAAGUGUCUCCAUACUGAUUGUCAUAGUGGUUGUACUUGUUUAGAUUCCUACCAACAAUGCAGAAGGGUUCCUUUUCUCCUGAAGUCUUCACCAGCAUUUGUUACUAUUCGAUUUCUUGAUGAUAGCUGUUCUUUCUGAAGUAAGAUCUGGAUCAUCAGUGUAUACCUACCCAACAUUUUCUGAAGGUUUUGUCUCCCUAGACAUACAGAACUUACAUGUAACCUUCUCUAUUUUAUCAGAGGAGAGUAGUUAGAUGGGAAUUAAUAUACAUUUCUUCUGUAGUGGAGACUGGGUUGAUGUCAGGCAUCUAAUAUGUGCUUAAUAAAUACAUGUUGGGUUGAACUGGACUGAAGUGGAGUUAGGACAGUCUAUUCUGGAUUUCCAGGGGGCUUUGAGGAUCAGUUACUUAUGGGAGGUGAGCUGAGCUCAGAAUUUAAAAGCCUUUAUUCAAAAAAAUCUGUCAGCCCUGUUUCAGGCCUUAAGAAAAAUAUCAGUUCUGCCCUUUUUUGAGGAUUUGGCUUCAACAAUUCCCACAAGUCUCAUUUGUAAAAGGAAACUUGCACUUGUUCUAACUUCAGGAUUACAGUAAAGAUUAAAUUGAGAUGAUGCCAGUCAAUGUUUUGUGAAACACAUCUUGAUGUUAGCUGGGCUACUAAGAAACUUGGUCUGAACAGAACCUCAGAACCUGCUUCCUCCUGUCCAGCAAAGUCUGUAAUAGAACAGGCAUUUGGACUCAGGUGUAAUUGUUUGACUUUAUUCUUUGGUCACAGAGUUAUUUUCUUAAGGCUCCUACAAGGUUGAAGAGUACAUUUAAAAGAUUCCCAAUAUAAUAACAGAGCUAGCGUCACAAUUCCCAAUAUAAUAACAGAGCUAGUGUCACCAUUUUAAGCUCUUAUCAGCUCUUUCUCCAUCGGUGUUACUGUCCUAUUUCAAAACCAGCUCAUAGGAGACUCCUCACAGGUCUUCUGCCCUUAGGUAUCUCCAUAAUACAAAUCUUAAUGAUACCCCCAUCCCUUGAAGUUAAAAUCUUUUAGUUUUUUAUUGUCACCCAAGAUAAAAUUUAAAUGCUUACUACCUAUUGUGCUAGGCCCAUCUAUUGUCACCUUCUUUCUAUAACCUAAGAUACUGCCUCGAGAUUCUUCUUAUGCUUGCUGGAUGAGUCAGGCUCUUUGAUAGCUAUAAGUCCUUUGCAGUCUCUUCCAUUUGCCUAGAAUGCUGGUUUCCUUCAUCCCUAUUUAGACAGGCAAUCAUUACUCAUCUUUCAAAAUCCCAAAGUUUUUUUUUCCCUGAGAUCUCUGAGCUUCCCCUAGACAGAUCUCUCUCUUCUUCCAUACCACUUUGAAUAUACUCAUACAUACUGGUUUGAUAAAGGGACCUAUUUUUUUUUUUUGCAUGUCUUAUUUCUUAAUAGAUUCUAAGUUCCUCGAGGUCUCUUCCAUGUCACCUUUGUAUCUCUUGGUACAUUGAAAGACUGACUGUGCCUAGCAUUACUAGUUGUAACAUGAUUUUCAACAUGUCACUUAACUUCUCUGUGACUUUUGUUCCCACAUCUGUAGAAUAGCGCUAACGAUACUCUGAACAGAAUUUUGUAAAGACUAGCAAGACUUGUGAGGUUUCUGACAUAUAGCUGGCAUUUAGGAUGGCCUCGUGGCAAUCCAUUGCCCUCUCUUACCUGUUGAAGCUAUUUAGAGGAACUAAAGAGAGGAACCAACUAUAAUGCUACAACGCCAACUAGGUGCCAAGUACCGUGCUCAAAAGGACUGCAGUUUUCCUUGGUCCAAAUAAGAGUCUUAACCAUCGUCCUUUGGGUUACAUAGGUCCUGAAUCCCAAACAGUUGGACAAGUCUCACCCGGAUGUUUGCAAUGAACACAGAGCUACGUCGCCUCCCCCCCUUCCCCCUUCCGCCGCCCGAUGCUCGCUGAUGUAGCCAGAGAGCCAGCUUGCCGAACCAGCGCCUAGUGUCCAAAGCUGCACUUGCUUCACUCUUUCCUAGAGCUGUUCUGUAUAGCUGGCAGCCCAGCUGGGCUCUAAACAGGCCGCCUCCACCCCCUGGCGGGAGGAGCCCCGCCCACACGGCUCCCCGGGGGCGGAGCCUCUGGCGUUGCGCUGUCGUCACUUCCAGCGGACCCGGAACCGCCUUGAUGGUUGCCCGCGGCAGUUAGGAAGUAAUGAUGGGACUGGAUUCAGUGUAAACCCUUGGCCGACUGUGGGCCGAGGGGGCCGGCCCGGGUUGUUGUGGCCGGAGGGGGUGGAGCUGUUUCUGGACCAGUGCGGGAGAGUUUUGGCUGUGUGCUUCCUGCAUCGCCCCGCCUCCAGGGUAGGACUCGCUGUCCGCUCUGGGCCUGGCACCCAGCGGCCGCUUCUGCCAGGCUGUCACCUGUCUUGCAUCGGUCUGAGACAGUAGGGUGCAACGAGUGUGUGGUCCGUGGCGGAAUAGGUCUCUCCGCGUUGCUUCCAGGCCCUCGCGUCUUCCGCGGACCUCUCCUGGGUCGCCAGAACUCUCAAGUGGAGGAACCCGUUUGGAUUCUCCAUGGAGAAGUUUGGGAUGAAUUUUGGUGGCGGCCCGAGCAAGAAAGACCUCCUGGAGACCAUAGAGACGCAGAAGCAGCAGCUUCUCCAGUACCAGGCUCGGCUUAAGGAUGUGGUUCGCGCCUACAAAAGUUUGCUUAAGGAGAAAGAGGCUCUGGAGGCCAGCAUUAAGGUGCUAUCGGUAUCCCAUGAGGCGGAUGCGGGCCUCGCAGGUGUCCCGGCUUCAGGUCUCACCUUUUCUGACCCUGUGGAUGACCGCUGCUCCACUCAUAGCGAGGAUAGCGCCGGGACCGCCACUAGCUUGGAUACCACAGCCAGUCUCACAAGCACCAAGGGCGAUUUUGGUGUAGAGGAUGACAGAUUGGCUCGUGGACCACCACCUCUGAAGUCCGAAGAGGCUAGUGGGUCAGAGAGUGGCGUCAGCAGUAGCAGUGGUGAUGGACCGUUUGCAGGUGGUGAGGUGGACAAAAGACUGCACCAGCUGAAGACCCAGUUGGCUACUUUGACAAGCUCUUUGGCUACAGUCACACAGGAAAAGUCCCGCAUGGAGGCUUCUUACCUGGCCGACAAGAAGAAGAUGAAACAAGAUUUAGAGGAAGCCAAUAAAAAGGCAGAGGAGGAGAGGGACCGCCUAGAGGGAGAAGUGAAGGGGCUGCAGGAACAGAUAGCAGAAACCAAAGCCCGACUUAUCACACAACAGCAUGAUCGGGCCCAAGAGCAGAGUGACCAUGCCUUGAUGCUGCGUGAGCUCCAGAAACUGCUGCAGGAAGAGAGGACCCAGCGCCAGGACUUGGAACUUAGGUUAGAAGAGACCCGAGAAGCCUUGGCAGGGCGGGCCUAUGCAGCUGAUCAGAUAGAAGGAUUUGAACUGCAGACCAAGCAGCUGACUCGUGAGGUGGAGGAGCUGAAAGGUGAGUUACAAGCCAUUCGAGAUGAGAAGAAUCGGCCAGAUCCCCGGUUGCAAGAACUUCAAGAAGAGGCUGCCUGCCUUAAGAGCCAUUUCCAGGCUCAGCUGCAGCAGGAAAUAAGAAAGACAGCUUUGGCAGAGGAUCAGCUCCGCCAGCAAUCUCAGGUAGAAGAGCAGAGGGUCGCAGCCUUAGAAAGUCAGAUAUCUGAAGUAUCUGAACUGCUGGGCACCUAUGAGAAAACUAAACAGAAAGACCAACUGACCAUCCAGAAACUAAAGGAGCGCAUUUUGCAGCUGGAUCUGGAGAACAAGACCCUGGCUCUUGCAGCCUCCAGUCGAUCCCCUCUUGAUAGCCAUGCAGAUGAGUCCAGUCUAGAUGUCAAUGUCCUGAAGGAUAAGAUGGAGAAACUGAAGAGGCUGCUGCAGGUUGCAGCCAGGAAAAGCCAGGUGACGCUGGAUGUGGAGAAGCUCUGUGACCUGGAGAUAAUGCCCAGCUCGGAGGCUGCCGAUGGGGAAAAGGCUACUGCACUCUAUUACCAACAGGAGCUGAAACAGCUAAAGGAAGAGUUUGAGCGCUACAAGAUGAGGGCCCAAGUCGUGCUCAAGAGCAAGAAUACCAAAGAUGGGAACCUGGCAAAGGAGCUGGAGGCAGCGCAGGAACAGCUUGCAGAGCUGAAGGAGAAGUAUAUCUCCCUCCGACUCUCGUGUGAGGAGCUGGAGCGCCAGCACCAGCAGGAGGCUGAGGACUGGAAGCAGGAGCUGGUCCGACUGCAGCAGCUUCACCGACAAGAGCUGGAACGCAGCCAGCUGGACUUCAGGGAUCGUACGCUGAAACUGGAAGAGGAACUGCACAAGCAGCGGGACCGAGCCCUGGCUGUGCUCACUGAGAAGGAUUUGGAGCUGGAGCAAUUGCGUUCUGUGGCCUUGUCUUCUGGAUUGUCAGGUCGCAGAAGCCCUGUGGGUGGUGGGGGCCCUAGGGAUCCCACUGACACAUCUUCUCCAGAUAGCCUAACCCAAGCACUGCAACUUGCUGUGGCCAAUGAACCCACUUUUUUUCUGUAUGCUGAGCAGUUGGCUCGCAAGGAGGUAGAGAUCACAUCAUUGAGGAAGCAGAAACACAGGCUGGAAGUGGAGGUGCACCAGUUGCAGGAUCGAAUUUUGGAGGAGGGGGAGCGGCAUCGUGAGGAAGUUGGAGCCUUGCAGAGCCACAUCGAAAAGAACAUCAGGGACCAGAGCAGAGAGGGAGCCAACCUAGAGUACCUUAAAAACAUCAUCUACCGCUUCCUGACUUUGCCUGACAGCUUGGGGCGCCAGCAGACUCUGACAGCCAUCCUGACUAUUUUACACUUUAGUCCAGAAGAGAAAAAAGUGAUAAUGAGACUCCCAACCAGUGGUAGCUGGUGGCCUUCUGGCAAGAGAUGAUAAUAUUUUCACUGACUCCUGAAUCUCUGUGCCUAUUUUAUAUGGGAAAGGCCAGGCUCUGAUUGUCACUGUCCUUUCUCUAACACUAUCUUUUUUUUCAGUGUGUUGAACUCAGAGGAGUCUUCAUGUGGGAUGGGAUUUUCUGCCAAAUGCCAUUAAUGCUGCUUUAGUAGAGAUACUAAAAGUGUUGGGACAGCAUCUUUUGCUUGUUUGUAUAUGAAGGGAAUUGGCGGAGGGGUUAAGACAGGCAUAAAAGUUGUGUAAGUGGUGAGAAUCUUUUAAAAUUAAGACUUUUGUUUUAAUAUUUGGCUCCUAGUGCAGGGCUAGGAGUAGGUGUACUUGUGACUCCAAAAGGAGUUCCAUAUAUUUCCUCCAUCUCAUCCCAGUCAGUCUAGUCCAUUGCUGUCUUAAUUCUCUCGGGACAAUAAGGCAGGCUAGAAAAUUUGAAAUAGUGGCAGAUUAUCUGCUUGUCCCUAGAACUAACAAAUAGUGAUUUCAUCCUGGAACUAGGAGGCUUGGUCUAGUUAGACCUGCAAUGACUUAAGCAAUUCUAAUAACACAUUCCUUUUGACUGUUUUAGAGAGGACCCUGAGCACCACUUUGAUCACUGGGCUUUCCUGAAUGACCUGCUUUUGGCUGAGCAGGAUUAAAAUAGAUCUCUCUCACUUCUCUCUGCCUUAAUGUAUCUAAAGUUGGCUAGAGAUUAUGAGUGAAUGACUUCACUGUCUUCUUAAUAUUGAACCUGCAUUAAGAGAGAAAAUCCUAGCUUCUUACUGUGUGGCAUUCUGAAGGUAAGCUCUGAUCCUGGUUGAGUAAAAGCAGUUCCCACUGAGAACUGCUACUAGCUGCUUUUGCUUUGUAAGGACAGGGAAGAAGAGAUUUGCUAUAGAAGAUUCCAAAAGAUUCCUAUGACCCUCCUAAGAAAGUGAUGGAAGUUCAGCUGAAGCUGGGGAGAGGUAACUUCUGCCCUGGAGGGUAGCUUUAUUCAUAAAUGGAGAGGAGGGUCUCUAGAAACUCGGGUCCUAUUCUUUUAUUUUCUCACCCACUCUUGCUGGUUACAGAGAACUUUGGCCUGAAAGACCGAUGCUUGGACUGUUAUAUAUACAUGUAUCUGUCUGUUACUUUGUCAUAAAGAUCUGCUUUGUGAGGCUUUGGGAUAUAGCAGACUGAGUCACAAUGUUGUAAAUGAGAUUGUCUGUGACCUUGUUUGUGUUUAAACAGAAGUAACGUGUUGAGAUGAAAAUAAACUAUGGAAUUGUUAAA